UAUUUUGUUUCUUUGCGUGCCGCCAUCACCCAAUUUUCAGUUCGGCGUCUCCUUCCCAACGGCCCUGUCGGACCGAUUCUCUUCUCCUCCUCUUCUUCUUCUUCUUCUUCUUCUUCAGAUGGACAGCGAUUUCCGGAACGGUGCGCAGUAUCAAUUGUACAGGAUCGCCUCUUCAACGUCUCAGUCGCCGAUGUACGGACACUCCGUGUACCCCAAGGUGGCGGCCCAGCCACACGCCUCCGCUGCCCGUCCCUCCCCCUAUCACCACACCGCUCAUCCUCCUCCUACCUCCUCCUCGGCAGGAUUGGGCGUCAGGGUUGCUGUAAAACCAGAGUACAGGAUACCUCCUCCGCCCCAUCUUUCUCCACAAGUAGGAGAGAUAAGUCGAAGCAACAUCCAGUUUGACUUUGACUUUGAGAGAAAAAUUUUAGCUGAGGCAGAGAAAGAUAGCCAGAACUGGAGCAGGCUUGCCAUGGAAAAUCUUCCAUCACGAACCACCGAGCCAACUCAAUCAGGUCAUGGUGGCGAUUCGGUUGUUAGUAAAUACAUUGCCUCUGGGCUUAGUCCUGAAGCUGUUUCUCUGGCAGUUGCAAAUUACGGGGACACUCCUGUUAAGGUUCGGGAAUUUGUAACUGGGUACGCUCUUUUGCGGGAAAUGGGGUUUUCGUCUAGCAGUGUCGCGGAAGCCUUGGUCACGUAUGAUAAUGACACUGAAAAAGCAUUGGCUCAUUUCCUCAAUGGAUCAUCUUGACGCUACCUGAUGAUAUUCCACAUACUACGGAAGCGAUCUUUACUUUUCAGUCAUUAUGCUGCAUUUUCUUAAUUUAUAGUCGUCCAUUCAUGAUGAAGUUUGUCAAAUUACAGGUUGACAUUAAUAUACAUCACGUGGAAAAGGAUCUGAUGGU